AUAGCUAAUAAUUUGCUGCUCGUGACUCUUUUUGCGUUGUUUCAAAAAUUAGUAACAAGGAGUAUCGCUCCGAUGGACCACAAAAAUAGACCUGGAAACUGCUUGAAACAAGCUAAGGAUUGUGCUGAGCUGUACAAAUGCGGAGAAAGAAUCAGCGGCGUUUACUCAAUAGACCCUGAUGGUUCAGGUCCCUUUAAAGUGUAUUGUGACCAGACAACAGCAGGUGGGGGAUGGACGGUGUUUCAGAGGAGACUGGAUGGUUGCUUGGAUUUUAACCGCGAUUGGGCUGACUACAAGCAUGGCUUCGGUAAUUUUCUUAUUGGUGAAUAUUGGCUCGGACUGGACAAGAUUUAUCGUCUGACGCAAAAUGAGACGGAAAACAGACUUCGAGUAGAUCUGGGAAGAGUUAAGAACAAAGCGGUCUACGCUGAAUAUUUGUGGUUCAAGAUCGGAGAGGAGAAAGCCAUGUACCAGCUAAACCUUGGAAAUAUUGCAAAUGCGACUGUCCAUGACUCUCUUGAGUAUCAUAAUGGCUCGUCGUUUGGUACCCGGGAUAAAGUUAAUGAACACUGUGUCCAUAAUAUAUCGGGAGGCUGGUGGUACGUCAAUAGUACUGAGUGUGCUGUGUGGUCAAAUCUCAAUGGUGCUCAUCAGCAUUGUGGAAAGGAAAACAAGACCACUGCCAGGGUCUGGGCCAAGAAAAAGAUCCAUUGGGGUAAUUUAGCUGUUACUGCAAGAGAAAGCGCUCCAAUGACAUCUGAAAUGAAAAUUAAGCCUGUGGACUUUCCUUAACUAUUUCCUUCAUACAUGUAUUGAUCCACUUAUAUCUAGUCGAUUACUUCAUGAACAAAAUGCGAUCA